AUGGGGCUGGGCUACGGGUUCCUCCUCUGCUUUCUGCUCUGGGGUAGCACAGAGCUGUGCUACCCCCACCCUCUCUGGCUGCUUCAGAGAGCAGCCCGUGGCCCCGCGUCAUCCUCGCCACCUGUGCGGGUGGAGUGCCUGGAGGCCCAGCUGGUGGUCACUGUCAGCAAGAACCUCUUUGGCACCGGGAAGCUUGUCAGGCCUUCAGACCUCACCCUGGGCCCUGAGCGCUGUAAGCCCCUGGCCUCCGAGGACGGUGCCGACGUGGUCAGGUUUGAGGUUGGCCUGCACGAGUGUGGCAGCAGUGUGCAGGUGACGGAGGAUGCCCUGGUGUACAGCACCUACCUGCUCCACAGCCCCCGCCCUGUAGGGAACCUGUCCAUCCUGAGGACUAACCAUGCUGAGGUCCCCAUCGAGUGCCACUAUCCCAGGCAGGGCAACGUGAGCAGCCAGGCAGUCCUGCCCACCUGGGUGCCCUUCAGGACCACGGUGCACUCACAGGAGAAGCUGGCUUUCUCUCUGCGCCUGAUGGAGGAGGACUGGAGUGCUGAGAAGAGGACCCCCACCUUCCAGCUGGGAGACACAGCCCACCUUCAGGCGGAGGUUCACACAGGCAGCCAUAUGCCACUGCGACUGUUUGUGGACCACUGUGUGGCCACCCCGACACCAGCCAGGACCACUUCCCCUCAUCACACCAUCGUGGACUUUCACGGUUGUCUCAUGGAUGGUCUCUCCGACUCCUCCUCUGUAUUCAGGACCCCCAGACCCGGGCCAGAUACUCUCCAGUUCACACUGGAUGUGUUCCACUUUGCUAACGACUCCAGAAACACGAUCUUUAUCACCUGUCAUCUGAAGGUUGCUCCGGCCAACCAAGUCCCAGACCAACUAAACAAAGCCUGUUCCUUCAGCAAGUCUUCCAACAGCUGGUCCCCAGUGGAGGGCACUGAUGACAUCUGUGGCUGCUGUAACAACGGUGACUGUGGCGUGCUAGGUGGUUCCAGGAGGCUGCCCCCCACAGGCAAGCUGUCAACGAGCCAGCGGCAGAAGUCCACUUCCCGCAAACGCAGGCAUGUGGCAGAAGAAGCAGAUGUCACCGUGGGGCCACUGAUCUUCCUGGGAAAGGCUGGUGACCGUGGUAUGGAGGAGUGGGCGUCUGCUGCUCAGAGCUCCAUGGCACUAGGUGUGGGCCUGGUUGUGGUGGUGACCUUGACUCUGGCCGCUGUCAUCCUGGGUCUGGCCAGGAGGCGACGAGCUGUUUCCCACCCUGAGAUGUGCCCUGUGUCUGAUUCCAAAUAA